AUUGUCAUCGUUGUCUGUAUUGUGACCCGCUCCAAGCCUUCACUCUCGGCUGGUCGCAUUUUUGUCGAGAGCAAAAGCAUCAUGUCAAUCAGGUGAAACCUCGCACUCAUUGUCUGUUUCUGGGUGCUAUUGUCAGGUCCGGCGCAUUCCUCUGUUUUCCUUGACUCGACCCUCCUCCUUUCCUGUCUCUUUGCUGCGCACUUUCCAUCCAUCCCCCUCUCCCUUGGAGGAUUUUCCUGUUUCUUUGGUCUCGCUCAACAUGCCUUCACGUACUCCCACCCUGGAAGAUUCGCUGGCCAGAAAGGGAGGCCUCACCCUUGCCCGACUCAUAGACUACGAUGAUCGCAUCACGGAUGCACUCGUCGAUCGAGUGUUCUACUGGACCACAAUUCGCAAGCUGCGCGCCAAGUUCCAAGCACUUCGCGGCAUCAAGGAGGAUGAUGUUACACGUAUCCUGCAGACUCAUGUAAUCUUGAACAAGGACGCUGCCUCUGCUGCACAGCACCUGUUACAGUUACCCGCUCUUGCUGGAUACCUCAAUCGCCUCCCGUCCAAAGAAGAGAAGAAACAUUUCCAGGAUCAUUUCAGGAAAUAUGUCAACAUCUAUCUCCCUGACUGUCCCUUCGAAGUCACCACCACCAACCGCUACACCAUUACCACCCACGAGGCUGCAACUGUCGCCCGGAAACCCAUACGUCCAGGUGAGACCAUCAAGUACCUUACUGGCGUUCAGGUUGCCAUGUCCGAAGAGGAUGAGAAGACCAUCGGUAUGAACGACUUCAGUAUCGUCAUUUCAAGUCGCAAGAAGCGUCCAUCCUUGUUUCUUGGACCUGCACGCUUUGCCAACCAUGAUUGUAACGCCAAUGCUAAACUCAUCACCUCGAGCCACAACGGCAUGUCAAUUGUUAGCGCCAAACACAUCAAGGUCGGUGACGAAAUCACGGUCACUUAUGGAGAAGAUUACUUUGGCGAAGAUAACUGCGAGUGCCUGUGCGCGACUUGCGAGCGUCUCCAACGGAACGGCUGGUCCCAACGACCAGCAACAUCUCGGGACAGCAGUGAUCAACCGACCUCUGCUACGCCAGAGCCGCACUCAUCCGGAAAGAACAAGAGAAAGCACACGCCAGACGGGACACCUGCCGCCGCGACUCCCGUCUCUGCCAAGCGCCAAAAAACUUACGUUCCCGAGAGUGAUGUCCUGAGAUCAGCCUCGUUCAAGCCCAGAACCAAGCUCAAGCAUCGUUACGGUAAGGUAGGCCGACCUUCCAAGCGAAUCUAUGAGUCUACUCGCUCCAGUUCCCCGUCGUCCUCAAUCACAGAAGACAUCUCUCAAACAUCAUCGGUGACCACCGAACCCACGUCUGUAGACGAACCAACGUCUACCAAUGAUUUGACUGCCGAAUCGGAUUUAUCAGACCUUUCCGAGAGCUACGAACUGGAUGACACUUUACGUGAAGUCAUCCAGCGAAAACCCAAGGCAGCCAGGAUGACAACUCGUCAAAGCCUAAGGAAGCAACUCUCCAUACCAAUACCCACUAUCGAAGGCACAGACUCCGAUGUUGAAGAUAGUUCAGACGGCCGCAGGAGGCCUGGCGAUUACACGUUGACCAAACGCCUGUUGACUACCGCGAUUUCGCGCUGGGUGGAAUGCCGCAAUUGUGACGAUUACUUCAUCCAACACGAGGCCAAGUUGACGCGCAGCAACUGUCCCCGUUGCGAGAGACAUAGUAAACUCUACGGCUACGCCUGGCCAAAGACAGAUAAGGAAGGCAAGCACGAUACGGAAGAAAGGGUACUUGAUCACCGUACUGUCAACCGCUUCCUGCAUCCCAGUGAGGAGCGA